AUGGAACCAUUUAAAAAAGCCUUUGUUUUCCUUCUUCACACUUUCCUUUUAAGUUCACUUCCAUUUGCACUAAACAUUGUAUCAUCUAAGAAAACGGAAGCAGAGGCUCUUUUAAGGUGGAAGAACACCUUAUCAUCUCAUGAUUCUCUUGAUUCAUGGGCCCUCAAUAAUAUCACGAAUCUAUGUAGUUGGAAAGGGGUUGUAUGCAACACAGUGUCACUUUAUGAGAUAUACUUGCCGGGUGCAGGCCUUAAUGACACACUUGACCAACUCGAUUUUUCUUCAUUUCCAAAUCUCACAAGUCUCAAACUCUGUUGGAAUCAUUUCCAUGGGUUGAUUCCAUAUCAAAUUAGUGAUCUCCGAAAUCUAACUUAUCUUGAUUUGUCAUUUAACUCCUUUACUGGUGAAAUUCCAGACUCAUUAUUCACCAAUCUAGGAAAGCUCAAAUAUCUGAACCUUACUGGUAACUCAUUUCAGGGUUCCUUGCCAUCAAUUCUUACUAAGCUGACGAAAUUGAAAGGUAUUGGGUUAGCCUCGAACAACUUCUCUGGUUUAAUUCCUGAUAUUUUUGGUUUGAUGCCAAAUCUAGAAAUCCUUGAACUAACUUCAUUCGAAGAAAAGAUCCCAUCUUCUUUAGGCAAACUCGAGAAUCUUCAAUACCUUGGUCUCUUAAUCGAUAGUCCACUCAAUUCCACAAUUCCUUCUGAGCUUGGACUAUGCACAAACCUUACCCAGUUGAUUUUAAGUGGGAGAUCACUUACGGGAUCCUUGCCUUUAUCCUUGACCAAUCUGACCAAAUUAUCCGUUUUACUUAUUGUCGAUAGUAAUCUUUGUGGUCACAUCCUACCUUAUUUUCUCACAAAUUGGACCCAGUUAACAGUAUUGAUGCUUAAAAACAAUUCUUUCUUUGGGGAAAUACCAUCUGAAAUCGGUUUGUUGAUAAAUCUCAAUUUUCUUAAUUUGAAUGAUAAUAGAUUUUCCGGCUAUAUCCCUCAAACGAUAGGAACCUUGCAAAACUUGUUAUACCUAGACCUUUCAGUCAACUUGCUUUCAGGUCAAAUACCUCCAACGAUAGGAAAUUUAACAGAACUUAUGUUCAUGGAUAUUUCCUCCAACCAUCUCACAGGUAUGAUUUCACCUGAGAUUGGACAUUUGAAGUCACUCAUGGCUCUGGAUCUAAGUAUGAACCAAUUAAGUGGGCAGUUGCCCAAAAACGUCUCUAAACUUGGUAAAGGAUUGCGAGUUUUGAAUUUGAAGAAUAAUAAUUUUCAUGGCAUCAUUCCCAAAAUAUUUCCAAAGGGAUGUGAACUACAGUAUUUGGACUUAUAUGGAAAUCAAUUUAGUGGGACGUUACCACUGUCAUUGGUCAAUUGUAGGAUGCUUGAAGUACUAGAUAUUGGAAACAAUACCAUAAGUAGCCCAUUCCCCUUUUGGAUGGAAACUCUUCCGGAGCUUCGAGUCCUUGUAUUGAAGUCCAAUAGAUUCCACAGUAUAAUACCUAUUUCAAAGGUGAAGCUUUCAUUUCCGAAGUUGCGAAUUCUUGAUAUGUCCCACAAUGAGUUCAAUGGUGUUCUCCCAAUUGAAUUUUUAGAUAAAUUCAAAGCCAUGAUGAAUGUGAGUGAAAAUGAAACAGGAGCUGAAUACUCCGAAGUUCUUUCAACUGUUUUAUUGAAGGGGUUUGAGUAUGGAUUGAGGAGUAUCCAAAGAGCCUAUACAAGCAUUGAUCUAUCAAACAACAAAUUUCAAGGAAAGAUUCCAAGUUCUAUAGGAAAGUUCAAGGGCCUACAUGCUCUAAACUUAGCUUAUAAUAAUUUCACUGGUCAUAUCCCAUCAUUAGAAAAAUUGAAUUUCCUUGAAUCAUUGGACCUUCGUUCAAAUCAAUUGGUUGGAGAUAUUCCUUGGCAAUUGACAAAGUUGACAAGUCUAUCAUUCCUUAACCUUUCAUACAAUCAUCUUGUUGGUUCCAUACCUGAGCAAGGCCAGCUUCUUACGUUUGAUAGCAGUUCAUAUAUUGGCAACCCAGAAUUAUGUGGACUACCACUGACAAAUAUGUGUAGAAAUGAUGAACCACAACCAAAGCUUCUAGUAUCAACAACACAGAAAGAUGAUGAUUUCAAUAUCUUAGAUGGAUUCACCUGGCAAGUUGUCCUCAUGGGGUAUGGAUGUGGAAUGUUAUUUGGAAUGGUUGCGGGAUAUUUAAUUUUUAAAUAUGAAAAACCUGAAUGGUUUAUAGAAUUUGUUUAUCAAGUUUACAAAAUAAAAGACGGUAGAAGAUGGAGGUAGAUUGUUUGUAGUUAUUAGUUGAAAAAGAAAUAAGUUCAAUGUUAAGUGUUCCUAGAACAUGCAUAUUAGCAUUUUUUAUUAGUGCAAUAAAAGGAGAAGAAAAUAAUUGUAUUGUUAUCAUCUGAAAAUUGCGAAGACUUCAUU